AGCUGCCCUUCUGGUCGUGUCCCCAAUUCGUGCCUCGUCCGCCCCUCUGCUCUUCUUACCCAGAUCGAUCCAUCCUAACAUGCCCAGCAUCAUCAAUACCAAAGUCCAGGCCGAAUCGGACGUUCUUCCUACCGUCGAGUAUCAAAAGAUCGCCAAUAAACACAUCACUAAAGCGGUCGGGAGGUUGAGGGACCAUGUCUUUGUUUCCGGUCAAGGACUGCAAGUCAUCACGAGCGAUGGUAGAGAGUUGUUAGACUUUACUGCUGGUAUCGGCGUCACUUCGCUCGGCCACUGUCACCCAGCCGUGACUGCCGCCAUCAUCCAUCAAGCGCAACAAGUCAUCCACGUUCAAUGCGCCAUCGCUCUGUCCGAUCCCUACGUAAAGCUCGUCAAGAACCUAGUCCCGAUGCUCGAACCGGCCGGCAAGGGCGACUUGUCCAGUUUCUUCUUCUGGAACUCCGGUAGCGAGGCCAUCGAGGCCGCCAUCAAGGUCGCGAGGAUGAAGACGAAGAGGAACAACAUCAUCGUCAUGCAGGGAGCGUAUCACGGGCGGACGAGUGGUGCCGCUGCGCUCACUCGUUCCAAAACAAGCUUCUUCGCUGGGACCGGGCCUCUCAUGCCUUGCGUGUAUACUACUGCCUACCCGUACUGGCACGCUAUGGGUCUUCCGAUCGAUACUCCCGAGCAGGUCCUGGUCGAUCAAGCAGUCCAUCAGCUCAACCAGGUGCUGGCCCAGCAGACCGCGCCUGAGGACACCGCGGCGAUCUUCAUCGAACCCGUUAUUGGAGAAGGCGGGUACGUCCCUUGCCCGCCCGCCUACCUGCGUGCGAUUCGCGAAGUAUGCGACCAACACGGUAUCCUCAUGAUCGCGGACGAGAUCCAGACAGGGUUCGGUCGGACCGGCAAGAUGUUCGCCAUCGAGCACAGUGGCGUGGUCCCCGACCUCAUCACGAUCGCUAAGGGUUUCGCCAACGGAAUGCCACUCUCCGGGAUCGUCACCAGGAAAGAGAUCAUGGAUUGCAUGCCGGCCGGAUCGUUGGGCGGCACAUACUCUGGGAACGCCGUUUCUUGCGCGGCAGCGGUAGCCACUACGGACGUUAUGAUGCAGACCGACCUACUUUCCAAUGUGAAAUCGAGGUCAGACCAGAUCUUUGCCGGACUGAGGGCGAUCGCAGCGGAUGAGAAGAAUGGAGGUUGGAUGAUCUCAGAGGUCCGAGGGAUCGGCCUCAUGAUUGCCAUCGAGUUCAAGGACCCCGCGUCUCCGAUCACUCAACAUCACUCUCAAGGCGAAAACGUCAAAUUGCCUUCCUACCUCAACAAGCUGGUUCAAGACGAAUGCUACGACCGAGACCUUGUCAUAUUGACCACCUCCAUUUACCCCGUGCUCAGAUUGGUGCCCGCGCUAAUCGUGUCGGAAGAGGAGGCUGAGCGGGCCUUGGAGAUCAUCAGAGAGUCAAUCAAAGCAGUAUCGGAUCGAGUUCUUGCGAGUUCGUCGUGAGGAGCGGAAGCAGGAUGACCCUGUGGGGGGGAGACCAAACCAGACCGACGUGUGAUAACCCGUGUCUAGACCGUUAGACGCCAACUGUUGUACCUGUGUUCAUGCUUUGUAGGAAAUACCAUCAUUAUGCGAACAA